AUGGUGAAUCAACUGCACCUCUAUCUCUUCGGAGAUUUGACAUAUGACGUUUCCCCCAAGCUGCAACCACUCCUUCAUUCGGAGCUAUACCCCCUUCUUCGUUCGUUUUUCGAUCGCGCUUGCGAUAAACUGCGGGCUGAGAUUGGUCGGUUACCAGCUCAGGAUAAAGAAUUUUUCCCUCGUUUCUCUAGUAUUGCAGAGCUAUUGACAUGGCGUAACAGCCAUAGCAGGUCAAACCCCGCAAUAGAGAAUGCAUUAACGUGCAUCUAUCAACUGGGCCAAUUUAUUCACCAAUAUGAGGGUAUUGGGCAAGCGUACCUCACACCCCAAGAAACAUGUGUAUCCGGCAUCUGUACGGGUGCUCUGUCCGCCGCGGCUGUUAGCUGUUGCAGGACUACAUCUGAAAUAGUCCCUAUUGCUGUACAGACGAUACUGGUUGCUUUUCGACUGGGGAUGUGCACACUACGUGCUUCCGGAGCAAUUGACCCAUCAGAAGGAGCUUGGUCAAUGGUCGUAUCCUGUGAUUCGACUGACAAAAUUCAAGAACGUCUCUCCAAAUUUUCUCGGGAAAAUAACCUUCCUGUCACAUCAAGGCCAUGGAUCAGUGCAUACGGGGAAGAGAACUGGGUAUCAAUCAGUGCACCAGCAUCCACCUUGUUAGCCCUUCGUUCCUCUGAGAUACUGUCAGGAAUGCGUUCGCGUUCACUCGAGAUCCACUCUCCGUACCAUGCACAGCAUCUAUUCUCAAAAAUCGACAUAGACGCUAUACUCGAGACAACCGAUUUCCAAGAGUGGGAGCGGUAUAGAGCUGUCCGAUCUAUUGUUUCAAGUUCCACCGGAGCAAUAAUUGAAGGAGACUGUUUCCGCUCCUGUUUGGAGGCAGCACUUGCUCAAAUAUUGAUUGAACCGAUCAGAUGGGCCGAACUUACUCAGGGGCUUGCUGCCUUCAUAACCUCAAUCAACGCAAAGAGGUUUCACGUCAUUCCGAUUGCAACAAACGCUGAAACCACACUUAUGACAUCACUAAGAUCCAAAAUGCAGCUUGAAGCGCCCGAGUUUUCCAGCAAGGAUGAAACCGAGAAGGCAGAACCAAUUAACCGUAAUGCCCAAGAAAGUAUGGUUAGGGGUCGAUCUAAAAUCGCUAUCGUUGGUCUCUCCGGCAGAUAUCCAAGUGCAGAGAAUAACGAGGAGUUCUGGGAUCUCAUAUUCUGUGGACUAGACGUGCACAAAACGGUGCCGGACCUCCACUGGAGUGCUCAGACACACGUUGACCCUACUGGCAAGAGAAAAAACACCAGUGCCACCCCUUACGGCUGCUGGUUGGACCAUCCCGAAGCAUUCGAUGGGCUCUUUUUCAACAUGUCUCCUCGUGAGGCGCCUCAGGUCGAUCCGGCUCAGCGGAUUGCGUUGAUGACUGCCUAUGAAGCCAUGGAGCAGGCUGGAAUUGUCCCUGGAGCCACCCCAUCUACCCGCCACGACCGGGUGGGCGUCUUCUACGGGGUUACAAGCAAUGACUGGAUGGAAACCAACAGUGCCCAGAAUAUCGACACCUACUUUAUCCCGGGCGGUAACAGAGCCUUCAUCCCAGGACGAAUCAACUACUUCUUCAAAUUCAGUGGCCCCAGCUAUAGUGUUGACACUGCCUGUUCUUCCAGCCUGGCAUCCCUCCAUAUCGCAUGCAACUCUCUGUGGCAGCGUGAUAUUGACACCGCCAUCGCGGGUGGAACAAACAUCCUGACAAACCCUGACUUUACUGCUGGUCUGGAUCGUGGGCACUUCCUCUCGCGCACUGGUAACUGCAAGACGUUUGAUGACGACGCGGAUGGGUAUUGCCGUGGAGAAGGUGUAGGCACCGUUAUCCUGAAGCGUUUGGAAGAUGCCAUUGCUGACAAGGAUCCGAUCCACGGCCUCAUCCUGGGAACUUAUACAAAUCAUUCGGCAGAAGCAGAGUCAAUCACCCGCCCGCAUGUUGGAGCCCAGCGAGAUAUUAUGAGAAACAUUCUGAGCAAUAGCGGAGUUGAUCCAUACAGUGUUAGUUAUGUCGAACUUCACGGCACCGGUACCCAGGCAGGUGACGCUAGAGAAAUGACAUCUGUUCUGGACACGUUCGCGCCUGCCGACGCCCGUCGGCAUCGUCAGCCUCAUGAAUCUUUGCAUCUAGGCUCAGUGAAAUCUAAUAUUGGCCACGGUGAAGCUGCUGCCGGAGUCAGUGCUCUUAUAAAAGUUCUCCUGAUGUUGAGAAACAGCACCAUUCCCCCCCAUUGCGGUAUCAAAAAUAAAAUUAACUCAAGCUUCCCAACGGACCUUGACGCCAGAAAUGUGUACAUUGCAAAGAGUGCGGUUCCCUGGCCUGCGAAAGAAGGACAGCCACGCAGGGUAUUUAUCAACAAUUUCAGCGCUGCCGGCGGCAACUCCGCCUUGGUCCUUGAAGAAAAGCCCAUUGAAGCCGAGAUUAAAGGAACUGACCCACGAAUAGCGCAUGUGGUAACGGUGUCCGCCAAAUCAGCAGUAUCUUUGAGCCGAAAUAUCCAAUCGCUCGUGGACUAUAUUGAGAAGCAUAAGGAAGAGCCUCUAUUUCUUCCCCAGCUGUCCUAUACCACAACUGCACGCCGAAUUCACCAUCAGCAUCGAGUUGCCGUUACUGGCGUAGCUGCUGUCGAUAUCAAGGCUGCUCUAGAAACAGCGGCCGCAAAUGGUGACGGCAAGCUCCGAGCAAGAGUCAGACCAAAAGUGACAUUCACUUAUACAGGACAAGGUGCUCAAUACGUUGGUAUGGCAAAACAGCUGUACAUAUUAUUCGACCAAUUCAAGAGGGAUAUCAACCGCUUUAAUGGGAUUGCCGAAAAACUAGGCUUUCCCAGCUUUCUUGAUGUGAUUAAGGGUGAGCCUACCCAAGACCCGAAGGAUAUCUCCCCAGUCACGUUGCAACUCUCCAGUGUUUGCAUGCAAAUAGCUUUAUCCCGGCUACUCAUAUCUUGGAAUGUGAUGCCGGACAGCGUCAUAGGUCACAGCCUUGGUGAAUACGCUGCUCUCAACACUGCCAGUGUUCUCUCUGACACUGACACUAUUUUCCUCGUGGGUAGACGUGCCCAGUUGUUGGAGCAGCUCUGCACGCUUGGAACGCACAACAUGCUUGUCGUGAAGGCUUCCUUAUCGACCGUUCAGGGAGCACUUGAGGGUACAGAAUUCGAGGUUGCAUGUAUCAAUGCACCAGAGGAGACUGUUAUUGCCGGUCCCAAUACACAAAUUGAAGCUCUUAAGGAGUCCCUGAACAGCAACGGCUUCAAGACAAAGAUCAUACAGGUGCCUUUUGCAUAUCAUUCAUCCCAAGUGGAUGCUAUCUUGGGCGACUUCGAGACCAUUGCUACAGGUGUGAGGUUCCGAAAGCCAACAAUCCCGGUUAUAUCCCCAUUGCUUGCCGAGGUCAUCGUAGACGAGGGUAUAAUUUGCCCUAGCUAUCUGAGACGACACUGCCGUGAGACUGUCAAUUUCCUUGGUGCCAUCCAGCGUGUUAAAGACACUGGGGUUGUAAAAGAAAAGUCCUUUUUCGUCGAAAUAGGGCCCCAUCCUAUUGUGACGGGUAUGGUCAAGGCAGUCCUGGGAACAUCGGUCACCUCCUUACCUACACUUCAGCGCAACCGUGGCGACUUGAAGGUUAUAACCGAAUUGCUCGUUGCCCUUUAUUCUGCUGGCACUGACCUACGCUGGAACGAGUAUCACCGCGACUUUGAGGCCUCACACAAGGUCCUGGAACUCCCUGCAUACAACUGGGAUCUCAAGAAUUACUGGAUGCAGUACGUUAACGAUUGGUCUCUGCGAAAGGGUGACCCGCCAUUGGUGGUUGGCCCUUCGUCCCUGACAUCGACUACAAUCCACAAAGUGUUGGAUGACAAAAUUGACAAAAUUGUUGUCGAGUCUGAUAUGACACGCGAGGAUUUUAAUCCUUUGGUGCAAGGCCAUGAAGUCGAUGGCGUUCCUCUUUGCACGCCAUCUGUCUAUGCAGAUAUCGCCCUUUCCAUUGGCAAAUAUCUUAUAGAGAGAUACCAUCCGGAGAUCGAAACCAAUUUGGUCGACGUUGCCAACAUGACCGUCUUAAAGGCUUUGAUUGCCCGGGCUCAGGGACCCCAACCUCUUCGUACCAUAGCCACUGUCGAUUGGGCUGCUAAGAAAGCCAACGUUUCCUUCCGCUCCUUUGAUAAAUCCGGAGAGCCAAAGGUGGAGCAUGCCACCUGCGAGAUAAAUUUCACUGAUCGAUCUCGACUCAAACUGUUAGAGGGUUCUACUGCAAAUACCAAGGCCCGAAUGGGUGCUAUGCGUGAGACUCUUGGAAGCGGCGAAACCCAAAGAUUCAAUCGUGCAAUGGUGUAUAAGAUGAUCGGUCCAUUGGCACAGUUCCAUCGAGACUACCAGCCCCUUGACGAAGUUAUCAUCGAUAGCAAUAGUCUUGAAGUCUCUAGUCAGGUCAACUUCAAAGGUGUCCAGGCUGCUGGUGACUUCUUUGCCCACCCAGCUUAUAUUGACGGCCUCACACAGGCAGGAGGGUUUGUCAUGAACUGUAAUGACAGUAAUGACUUGGCGGUGGAAGUAUUCGUCAACCAUGGCUGGGAGUCUCUCCAGUUGUAUGAGCCUCUUCAAAAGGAGAAGAAGUAUAAGACUUUCUGCCACAUGUCUCCGGGAGACAACAGGAAGUUCCAUGGCGAUGUGGUGGUCUUUGAUGAAAGUGACAGAAUUGUGGCCAGCUACAAGGGCAUUGUGUUCCAAGGCGUUCCUCGUAGAGUGUUGCGUUUCUUCUUGAAGCCCGAAGCACCAGCUGCCCCCCGUGGACAGGCAAACCAAAAGUCUGCAGCAAGACCAACCCCUGUUGCACCAGUUAUAACAGCUGCGCCAGCGACUACCCCUAAGUCAAUUGCUAAGCCGGCUCACGUUCCAGCAGCAGCUCCAGCUGUCGGUUCUAAAUCAUCAAAGGUCAAGCAAGCAUUCCAAAUCAUGUCUGAGGAAGCUGGUGUUCCUGUGGAUGAUCUUACGGAUGAUUGUGUCUUCACUGAUAUGGGCAUUGAUUCGUUGCUGGCUCUGGUGAUCACGAGUCGAUUCCGCGAGGAGCUUGAGUUAGACGGGGAGCUGGACGAUAUCUUCCUCACAUACACAUCUGGAAAAGCGCUCAGGGACUACCUUGCAAAGCAAUAUGGCUCGGAUAUCCCGGUAGCGGUGGAACCAGCACCGCUACCUGUCGCUGCGGCAAAGAUUGAACCGGUGGUUACUUCUCGAAUCUCCCUGGGUGCCGACUGCGCUGCUGCCCUUGCGAUAGUAUCAGAAGAGAGUGGUAUACCGGUUGCAGAGCUCUCUGACGAGUGUAUCCUUGCGGAAAUUGGUAUCGAUUCGCUUCUAGCGCUUGUUAUCGUCAGCCGUUUCAAGGAGGAGUUGGACGUUGAUAUUGACAGCCAAGCUGUGUUCACCGAUUCCUUCAUGAUCAGAGACUUGAAACUGUUCUUUGGAAAGGAAGAGUCGGCAAACACCACCCAAGCGCCAUCCAUUCUGAUGGAAAGCUCCGACGAGAACACCAUGUCAUCCAUGACGCCACCAGACUCAAGCUCUGACUAUGAUAUAUCCGAGAAGCCAGAAUGUGUCGCUGUGCCGCCUACCACAUCUGUUUUGUUGCAGGGUAUCGCCAGGCACGCGGAGAAGAUCCUUUUCCUCUUCCCUGACGGCUCCGGAUCCGCAACUUCGUAUUCAGCGAUCCCACGGCUGAGUCCCCGCGUCGCCGUCAUCGGACUUAACUCCCCCUAUAACAAGAUACCAGAACUUUUCAGAUGUACGCUCGACGACCUCAUUGAUAGUUACAUAGAUGAAGUCCGCCGCCGCCAACCAACAGGGCCGUAUUAUUUCGGGGGCUGGUCCGCAGGGGGUAUUCUGGCCUACCGCGCCGCGCAAAAGCUGAUUGAAGGGGGUGAAAAGGUUCUCGACCUUAUUCUGGUCGAUUCGCCAGUCCCAAGGGGGUUGGACAAGCUACCACAGCACUUCUAUGAUCACUGCAAUAAGUAUCAGGUAUUUGGGCACCGUGCUGGGCCUACCAAGGGUCAAACUAAGGCGCCAGCAUGGCUUAUUCCGCACUUCAAUGCGACCAUUGACACCCUGCAUGAUUACCAUGCCUCUCCCUUGCCAGCGGGUAAAACACCGCGGACAACUAUUAUCUGGGCUGGUGAGAGUGUAAUUGAUGGUGUCAACGUGCCGAAGCUCCAGUCCCAUGCCGACGACACGCAAGGAAUGAAGUUCUUGUCUGAAAAACGCACCGACUUUUCAGCAGCAGGGUGGGAGGCUGUCUUCCCAGGAGGAGAGAUUAUCUUGGAGCGUAUGGAGCGCGCCAACCACUUUUCCAUGAUGAAAGGAGAGCAUGCCGGUAAACUGGCCGCAAUCAUGAAAGCUGCGCUGGCAUAA